UUGAGUGAGAGAAGAAGCGGAGAAGAAGAGGACGGUGAACGGACUGUCAGGGCGGACGGAGUCUGUCUGAACUGUUGAUUAAAACGGUAUAAUGACCGUCUGGUCCACGGUCCGGUGAGAUCGUGGUCUGCAGGCCGCCGCUGACUUCCCCACAACAUGGAGUUAAACGCGGUUAAUCGGUCUCCCAGAGAGGAGGGGGAGCUCGAAGACGGAGAGAUCUGCGAUGAUGAAACCGAGGAGAGUGUGCCGCUCCGGCGGGGGGAUGGUAAGAGGCCGGGCCGCGGCGGCGGCGGAGCUCUUCCGCGGACACGGAAACCCCACCAACACCCGCACAACAUGCUACCACACCUGGGUCACCAGCCGCCAGACUUCCGCCUCAUGAUGCCAUACAACCUCGGACCUCACGGACACGGGCCUUUCCCCCCGGCCCACAGGCAGCAGUGCGGGCCGAGCGGGCCCGACCGGCCUCCCUCCCCGCUGCCGCCGCCGCUGCCGCCGGGACUCGGUCCUCACGGCGAGCCCAGCCCGCGGUCCAGCUUCUGGGAGCGGAGCCACGGCGCCAUCGGCAGAUUCCGGCAUCGGGGCAUGCCGAACGGCGGACGCGGGGCCUGGAACCGUGGCGGCCGGGGAGAGGGAGGCGGCAGAGCUCCCAUCGGUCGUUACGGUCCCGGAGAGAGUCACGGCAACAAGACCGACUCUCCCUCGAGAAAACAGAAGCUGCAGGGGAGGAAUCUGAGGAAAGCAGCUCACAGUGUUUCCAAACCCGAGAACAGUGUUGACGAGUCCUUUGAGGACUUGUUGUCCAAGUAUAAACAGAUUCAGCUGGAGCUGGAGUGUAUCCGUAAAGAGGAGACCAUGGCUCUGGAGCCCAAAGCCUCCCCCGUCAGAGAGGACACUCAAGACAACACUGCCAGUAUUACAGAGACCAGACCAGUACCUGAACCGGCUCACAGUCCGGAGGGACUCGAGGAGACGUCGGAGCUGGAGAAGGGAGAAAAGAAAAUGUUCCAGGCGUUCAACAUCAAACCUCUGCGUCAGAAACUGCCCAACCCCGUCAACCUGGACGAACUGAAGAAGAGAUGGGCUGAGCAAGAGACGGGAGGAGAAGCUGAGAGAGAGGGUGAAGAGGAGGAGAGAGAGGAUGGAGGAGAGGCAGAACAGAAGUCUGAAGCAGAAGUGGAGGAGAAGAUGUGUUCGUGCUGCAGCGAGGAGACGGACGGAGACGACAAGGAGAAACCUAAAAAGACGUGCCCGUGUCGCAGAGAGUCGUCGGCCUCCAGCGAGGACUCGUCUCUCAUCUCUCCUGACAAGCCAGUGGUGAAGGUGGAGGAGGAGGAGCUGUCGGAGCUGCAGCUGCGUCUCCUCGCUCUGCAGUCAGCCAGUAAGAAGUGGCAGCAGAAGGAGCAGCAGGUGAUGAAGAAGAGUAAAGACCGGAUCACCAGAGCCUCCCAGGAGAAGAGCUCGGGUCCCGGCUCUGGUCCCGGCCCCGGAACUGCUCCGCCUGGCAGGCAGAGAGUCACCACCAGGUCCGCCUCCUCUGCUGCUGCUGCCGCUGCAGAGAGGAACAGAACCAGAUGCAAACCUGCAGAGAGGGACCGUGACAGGACCAAGACUGGGCCCCGAGCCCCAGACAGAGACAGGGAGAGACUUCCAGAGAGAGACAGACCCAAACAGAGUCCAAAACCUGGUCCCAAAUCUCCACUGGAGAGAGGCAGAACUCCAGGAAAACCUCACAUGACCAAGAAGGUGAUCAGUCCAGGCUCGGCGGCGAAGCAGGCCUUCAGGAAGCAGCAGCUGAGGACGUGGAAGCUGCAGCAGCAGAGGGAGCAGGAGGAGAAGCGACGACAGGACGAGGAGGAGCGACGCAAACGAGAGGAGGAGAUCCGCAGAAUCAGAGACCUGUCGAACCAGGACGAGCAAUACAACCGCUUCAUGAAGCUGGUGGGAGGGAAGAUGAGGACGCGCAGUAAAUCCAGAGAUCGGGAACACAGGAAGUCCACAGGUAAACAGGGCCUGGACUCCUCAGGUAACCUCUACCAGUACGACAACUAUGACGAGGUGGCGAUGGACACGGACAGUGAGACCAGUUCACCAGUCCCGUCUCCGACACACAACCCGUUCAGUGCCGAGGACCCAGGAUGUUUCUCUCAGGUGUCUCUGUACGUGACGGACUCUGCUCAGUUUGGACUGCCCUUCCUCUCCCCCAUGCUGUCCGCGGUCCCCCCACCCCCUCCCCCUCUCCCCCCUCCACCAGACGAGCUGGAGCCUCCUCCCAAACCUCCCUUUGCUGAUGAAGAGGAAGAGGAGGAGAUGCUGCUGAGGGAGACCUGUCUGAUGUCCAUGGCCAACAAGAGGGUGGCAGCGACCGAGGAGAAGAGCUCCAGCGGGCCUCCCUCUCCUCAGCCUCCUGCAGCUGCUCAGCAGCCAACCAGAGGAAACCUGAGCACCGUCAGUCUGAACACCGUGUCUCAGCCACGAGCCAAGUUCUCCAGAGGACACCACGCUCCCAGAGCUCCACUGGUGCUGCCCAGACACAAGUCAGUGGUGGUUUCUCUCAAUGAUUCAGACGACAGUGACUCAGACAUGGAUGCCUGCAGCUCCACACAGGCGGUGUUUGGAGGGCUGGAGUUCAUGAUCAAAGAGGCCAGGAGGACUGUGGAGGCAGCGAAGCCUAAAGGAGCAUCAGGAUCUGAGAAGGAGAACAACCCGGUCAGAACUCCAGAGGCUUUACCAGAGGCCAAGAAGGCUGAGUACCGUCUGCUCAAAGAGGAGAUCGCCAGCAGGGAGAAGCAGAAGAUGCUGAAGGAUCAGAGUCCUCAGAGCUCCACAUCUCCUGCUGCAUCUGAGUCUGUCCUGGAGUCAUCAGGGAAAACAGCUGCAGAGGUGAAGCUGAGUGAGGCAGAGCAGAGACUCAGCAAAAACAGGGAGCUGCUGCAGAGAGACGAGGCCGUCCUCAGACACCUGCUCCAACAGGAGCUGAAGAAGAGAGAGUCUCUGAAAGCUGCUGAGGCCAAAGUGGCCAAACUGAGAGAGCAGCUUCAGGCCUCUGAGAAGAUCGUCAGCGCAAACAGGACGCUGCUGAAGAAGCUGCAGGAACAGGUGCAUCGGGUGGAGCAUCGAGUCUCCAUAAAGAAGAGUCUGGCCGUCAGGUUGGAGCAGGAACUGGCUCAGGCUCAGCUGGCUGCUGGACGAGGAUCUAAACGCAGGACAGACGCCAACCAGACUCAGCCUUCUAAGCUGCAGCGUGUGGACUCAGCUCCUCGCGGCUCCGAGCGUCACUUUGCUGAGCUGAUCGCUCAGAAGCAGCGUCUGCAGCAGCUUGAGUCUGAAUAUGCCCUGAAGAUCCAGAAGCUGAAGGAGGCCCAGGCCCUGCGUAACAAAGGCGUUCCAUCAGAGCUUCCUGCGGAGCCGCCGCUUCGAGCCUCCACACCCCCGGACCCUCAGGUCCAGAUCCCGCCCCCCUCCGGCCCCUUCCCCCUGCCCCAGCCCUCCCUGCACGACCUCACCCAGGACAAACUCACCCUGGACAGCGAAGACGUCGCUGAGGCUGACGAUCACGAAUCAGAACCCGCACCUGCUCUUGAACCCGCACCUGAUCCUGAACCCACGCCCGCCACCGCUGCUAAGGGCCCCCGCCGACACUCCCUCCGUCAGUCCAGCAGCUCCUUCACCAAACCCAACCUUGAGCAGCCGAGCUCCACUCCAGCUAAAGACAGCGGCGCCACCAAACCCGCCAAGACCUCAGCCGGCUCAGAGGCUCCCACAGAGAUGUUUGCAGGUCUGGACCUGGAGGCUCUGAAGCUGAGAUACCAGCAGCAGACCCGGCUGGGAGAGCUGCUGCUGAGGGAACUGCAGAGACUGGGAGAAAACAUCGACAACUCCCCAAUAGGCCAGGUGGUCUCCGUGGACAUGGAUACGACACCAAGUCAGUCAGGGAGCUCAGAUCUGAAACCUGUUCCAUUUGGACCAUAUCACAGCCCCCUGCUGGUCUUUAGAUCCUACAGGUUCAGUCCGUAUUACAGGACCAAGGAGAAGUUACCUCUGAGCUCUGUGACGUACAGUAACACCAUCGAACCCAGGAAGUGUUUCUGUCGCUUCGACCUCACAGGAACCUGUAAUGAUGACGACUGCAGAUGGCAGCACAUGAGAAACUGCGCUCUGACUGGAAACCAGCUCUUCCAGGAUAUUCUGUCGUACAGUCUGUCUCUGAUCGGCUGCUCUGAGAACAGCUCAGACGAGGACAUCAGUGCUGCCACAGAGAAGUACAUGAAGAAGCUGUUUGGCACAAACAAAGACCGUAUGGGAGUGGACCAGAAGGCCGUCCUCCUUGUCAGCAAAGUCAACGAAAGCAAACGACACGUUCCUCCAUUCACCACCUGUAAAGACGUGAGGAGGUGGAGGCCGAAGCCGUCGGCUCAGAGCAGCCUCAGCCCCGAGGAUGAGGGCGAGGACGGGAUGGCAGCUGGAAACAUCACAGCUGGAGGAUACGAUAACUGCUCUCAGACCUGCCUCUCUGCUUUAGACGUGUGCGUCACGUCAGAGGACAAGCGUUAUUUUGUUAGCGAGACAGACGACAUAUCAAACCUGGAGACCAGCGUCCUGGAGAGUCCUCGAGACACUCAGCUGUGGAUCAAACUCGCCUUCAAGUACCUGAACCAGAACGAAACUCCUGCAGCAGAGUGUUUGGAGGCCGCCCUGAACACGCUGUCUCGAGCUCUGGAGAGUAACUGUGAUAACCCGGAGGUGUGGAGCCACUACCUGUCUCUGUUCUCCAGGCGAGGCAGCAGAGCUGAGGUCCAGGAGAUGUGUGAGAUGGCUGUGGAGCACGCACCUGACUACAGAGUGUGGUGGAACUAUUUGAACCUGGAAAGCUCGUUCGAGGGGAAGGACUAUGUGUGUGAUCGUCUGCUGCAGUUCCUCCUCACUGAGGCGUCUUCAGGCGUCACAGACAAACUGUCCUUCCAGCUGAUGGAAGCUCUGCUCUACAGAGUUCACCUCAACCUGUUCACAGGGAGGAUGGAGAGCGCUCUGGCCAUUUUACAGAACGCCCUGAAAUCAGCCCAUGACAGAAGCAUUGCUGACCACCUGACAGCCGGUGACCGGGCGCUGGUCUGGCUCUCCUACAUUCACCUGACGGAGUUCGACCGGCUGCCGUCCAGCCUGUACGACCCAGCAGAGUCCGGCCCGUCCAGACUGGUCAGCAGAGGGUCCUUCCUUCUGCCGUGGAGAACGCCGCAGGACAUCAGCACACCACUCGACAUCCUCGUCGCUCUCUUCCAAGAUGCCAUCCACCAGUGCAGUGAUGAGUCUCUGUCUCCGAGUGAGAGGACGCUGGCCUGUCUGCCUCUUCACAUCAACCUCAUCUUCCUCAACAGACUGCUGCAGAGAUAUGAUGAGGGCAUCGCUCUGUGUGAGUCUCUGCUGGAGUUCUGUCCUGAGUCCUGUGCUCUGAGAGAUGCUCUGGCCGACCUCCACAUCAGGAAGGGAAACAGCGAUCACGCAGUCAGCAUGUGGCUCCACGCUCUGGCAGAGUGUCCCAACAACGCAGAGGUCUUCUAUCACUCCUGCAAGUUCCUCAUGGCUCAGGAGAAGUCGAGUGCUGUUGCUCCUUUGUUUCGAGGAUUCAUCCUGUCUCUCUGUGAAGACGAACAGAGUCAGAGGAAACCUGUGGACGUCCUGAGACACGUCCUUGGUUUUCCCACUGAGGAGCUCCUGAGAGGACCGAUCAUCAAGAAGGAGCUACAGCAGCAGCUCAGUCAGCAAACGCCCUAUCUCCAUCUGAUCCACUGUCGCUGGCAGUGGCUCCAUGGUUCUGUGGAGGAGACGGUGGACGCCUUUGAGAGAGCUCUGGGAUCAGCUCUGCAGCUGGAGGAGCUCCACCAGCUGUGGAUGGAUUACCUGCUGUUCAGCAGCAGGCAGCAGAACCAGGGUCCGACCGCCACUCAGUCCAGACUGUUCUCAGAUCUGGUUCAGCGCUGCCUGAGCACUGUCCCCUCUCGACUGGAGGUUCCCUUCAACCCUGCAGAGUUCUGGACCUGCUACAGCUUCCACAACAAGGUGGUGUCUCUGUACCUGAGCUGCCUGCCACAGUCCCAGCAUGCACUGCUCCUGGAGAGACUGCAAUACGCCAUGCCCAACAACACUGAGCUGGGCCUCAGGUUGCUGCAUCAGGAGUGGCAGGAUGGAAACAUUGAACAGCUGAAGUUCCAGGCCAGGAUGCUGAGCUGUAACUCUCCUAAGAAUCUGAGCACCUGGAAGAUAGCGAUAGCUGUGGAGAGGGAGCUGAAGGAUCGAUCUGAGGUGCGACUCCUCUUUCAGCAAGCUCUGCACAACCUUCCACUGUGUGCUGCCCUGUGGAAACAUCGCCUGCUGUUUGAAGCAGCUGAAGGAGGUACAGUAGAUAAGCUGAGGAGUCUUGUGUCGUGGUGUCAGCAGGUUGGAGUCAGUUUAGUCGUUGGUCGAUCUCAGGGAGAAGAUCACUGAGUCCUCGUCUCCGCCCCCCACCCCCCCUCAUUAUCAUUACAUCACCACAAUAAACCCAGUCAGGUGAUUGGCUGUAGGUGAUUGAGUGUGAGCGGACAGAUCGGACGAGGUAAGGCAGACGUCCUCCCCCCUGCGCCUCCCCCCGGGACCCCUGCAGAGUCUGUAUGUGGACUAAAGUCCGUCCUGUACGUAAGUAUCAGCUGAGCCACAGUCUCUCACUUCAUCUCCUUCUGUUUCACUUUCAGUUGGAUUCAUCUCCUCCCUGUUUAUUUUCAGUUCCCUGAGGGGGGUGGGGGGUGGGGGGUUGGGGGGGGGGGGGGGGGGUUGGCUCGGGACUGUGACAUCUCACUGUGGUGUUUGACCCCACCCCACCCCCACCCCAUGUGUGUUUUAAAGGGUGCCCCCCCCGUAGUGAGUCUUUUCUUUGUGUCCCAGAAGAAAAACAGGACUUUUAUUUUGUUAACUGAUCAGACUGAUUAUUGAUCGGCAUGAACGAGCUUAGUAUUUGUCUGAGUGAGAGAGAGACUGCCUCAGAGACUGAUCCAGGCCAAGUCUGGCGCCAGGACCGACCCGUUUAAACCUCCGACAGUCAGGACGCGGUCACAUGAUCUCAUGUGCAAUUUGUCUUUUUCUUUAUGUUAAAAUUCUGCCAUUUAAUCAUUAAAGAGUAUUGAUUAGCAAGGAGAGGAGAAGAAAGUCCUUCACUGCUGUUUUUAUAUGUUGGAUUUAAAUGUUAUUAAAUUAUUUUCUAAAGAUACA